AGCGAUUUCCACUCUCUCUGUCUCUCUCUCUCUCUCUCCCCAAAUUUAGCAUUCUUAUCCAAUCCCACCUCAAUUCCAGGCUUCCAGCUCUCCUUUCCUUCCCUAAUAUCUGGCCCAACCUCGUCAUACCGUCAUGGAAGAAGACAAUGCACUACUCCUGACCAAUCUAAUCGACGCCGUGAACUGGAUCUCCGCCUUCUCCGACUACAAGUGCGUGUUCAGGAGGCAAUGCCGGGACCUGUCGAGGAAGCUGAAGCUCCUUAUGCCGUUAUUCGACGAGUUAACAGAGACCAGAGGAGAAAUCUCGGAGGAGACCGUGAAAGGUCUGGUCUUUUUGAGAAAAGCUCUGGAAUCGGCUAAGGAAUUGCUCGGGAUAUGUAGCCGCGGCAGCAAGAUCUUUCUGGUACUGCAAUCAGAAAAAGUGAGGAAUAAAUUCCAAGAGCUGACUGUUCAAUUUGAACAUGCUCUGAAUUUAGUUUCGUAUGACAGGCUUGACAUUCCUGAUGAACUCAAGGAACAGAUUAAGCUUGUUCACACUCAAUUUGGAAAAGCCAAGGAAAGAAUUGAAGCCCAUGAUUUGCAACUGUAUGAGGAUCUCCUUUCUAUUUACAACCAGAGCAGUGAUGUAGAUACUCAGGUUGGCUUAUGUAUCUUAUGUGAAAAGCUAGAAUUAAUGAGUAUUGAACAGUUUAAAGAAGAAUCACUAGCUAUGGAUCAAAUGGUUGCAUCUAGUGGUUGGGAUGUGGAGCAAAGCAGAGACAAGAUGUCAGUGAUAAUGAAAAUGUUUGAAGAUUACGUUAGAGCCCCAAAUCUCAACAUCAAUAUUCUAUUGCGUGAGAAUUGUUCUUGCAGUAAUCAAGCAUGGGCCAACCAGAGCCCUAAAUCACCAGUUGUGCCAGAUGAUUUCCGUUGCCCAAUAUCACUGGAGUUGAUGAAAGAUCCUGUCAUUAUAUGCACAGGACAGACCUAUGAACGAGCUUGUAUAAAGAAAUGGUUUGAAGCAGGACAUGCAUCUUGUCCAAAGACACGGCAGAAACUUUUAAGCAACACCUUUACCCCCAACUAUGCCUUAUCUAGCAUAAUAGCCCGCUGGUGUGAGGAAAAUGGUGUGGAACCACCCAAAAGAUUUGGCAAUUCUUGGCCAGGCAGACCCACUGCCUGCUCUAUUGAAGGUGUGGACAUUGAUGCCCUCCUAAGCAAGCUCACAACCGGCAACAUUGAAGACCAUCAGGCUGCUGCAGGCGAAUUGCGUCUUCUAGCCAAGAACAACGGCAACAAUCGAAUGUCCAUUGCUGAAGCUGGUGCAAUUCCUCUCCUCGUUGACCUCCUCUCCACACCUGACACUAUCACCCAAGAACAUGCCAUAACUGCCCUUCUAAACCUUUCCAUUUGUGAGGAUAAUAAAAGGACCAUUAUGUCAUCCUCCUCUGUUCCAGGAAUCCUACACGUCCUAAAAAACGGAAGCAUGCAAGCAAGGGAAAAUGCAGCAGCCACCAUUUUCAGCCUUACCAUAUUGGACGAAUACAAGGUGACAAUCGGAGCUUUGGGUGCAAUCCCACUGUUAGUAACCCUACUUAGGGAAGGUAGUCAAAGGGGGAAGAAGGAUUCAGCCGCAGCACUUUUCAACUUGUGCAUAUAUCAAGGGAACAAAGUAAGGGCUAUUAGGGCAGGAUUAGUGCCUCUACUAAUGGCAGUUUUGAAGGAACCAGGUGGUGAAAUGGUGGAUGAGGCAUUAGCCAUUGUGGCCAUGUUGGCCAGCCAUUCAGAGGGGAAGGUUGCUCUGGGUAGUUUCGAGACGGUCCCGCUUUUCGUGGAGCUGGUUCGUAGUGGGUCCCCAAAGAGCAAGGAGAACGCGACUGCAGUCCUGCUCCACUUAUGCGGCGGGGACCAAGGUUGCAUCUUGGAGGCUUGGAGUCUUGGUGUGGUUGAUCUGCUGUUGGAUUUGGCAGAGAAUGGGACAGAGAGGGGGAAGCGGAAGGCUGAGCAGUUGCUCCAGAUUCUGGGCAACCCUUGGGAACAGCAUGAAGAACCUGAGGUACGAAUUGAGGUACCGACUGAGGUGCAAACUUUGUCCAUUCAGUUGCCAGUUACAGAUGGUGUCAAUGAUAGUUAAGGAUCCCCGUUUGCCUUCUCAUGGGAUUUGUUGGAUAUCCUUUGUGAUGAUCAGCCACUGUCGAGGAUAUAGUUUAUGGAGAAAUGCAAUGAGUUGUUCAAAGAGCAAAGGAAGUUAUUGGAAGCACAAAUUGUUAGUACCUGUAUGUCAUUUUUGUAUUGACCUCAAAUUUCUCUUGGCCAGGAUUUUUGUGUUAUUGAAAGUUCUUUGAUCA